AUGACAGAAGAAGAAUUAAGUACAAACAUAAUAAAUAGUCAAAAUUGUGAUAACGCAUCAUCAUCAUCAUCAUCACCAUCAUCAUCAUCAUCGGGGGAUUGUUGUUUGGACGUAUAUAAAAUAAGCGAUAAUCAAAUAUUUAUCGGUUCGACAAUGACAAACGAAGAAUCUUGCGAUGAAUAUAAAAAUUUAACAACAAACGAUAAUGAAAUCGAACAAACGAAAAGAGAAAGCGAUGUGACGGAUUGGAAAAAAAAACGAGAAGAUUUUUUAAACAGUAUAAAAACGGUUAAACAAUCAUCAAGAGAAAUCAAUUCGGAAGAAAACGAAUUUAAAAACGUUAUGACGUCAUAA